ACCUAAUUUAUGUUUUCUCUGCCUUCCUUUACUAAUACCGUAUAGUCUUGUCGUAUAGUUUUAUUCACAAUUGUCGGAAGACAGCGGUUAAAAUUUACAUAUUUUAGUGAAAUAUGUGUGAGAUUAUCAACGAUUAUAAUAUUUUUUAAAUAACUAAGCAUUUUAUGAGCAAGUAUAGUAGCUGACAAAUGCAAGAUGCUUUAUUUAAAUGUAUUUAAGCAAUCCACUAUUGUUCACUUAUGUUUUGCUAUAUCAUACUUCACGUCAGGCUUGAUAUUAAGUACUAUUCAAGCCAUUUUGUUCUUUAGCCUAAAACCAUUUAACAAAACUCUGUACAGGAAAAUUAACUAUUAUCUUUCUUACUCCUUUUACUGUCAAUUAGUGUUCAUGUCAGAAUGGUGGUCAGGUACUAAGUUGUCACUGUACAUCAAGAAAGAUGAAUAUGACAAAUAUUAUGGUAAAGAGCAUGGGUAUCUUAUCAUGAACCACAGCUAUGAAGUGGACUGGCUCAUGGGAUGGCACUUCUGUGAUGGGGUUGAAGUUUUAGGUAACUGUAAAGCAUAUGCGAAAAAGUCUAUUCAGUACCUACCGCCUAUUGGUUGGAUUUGGAAAUUUUCCGAAUUCGUGUUCCUGGAAAGGUCAUUCGAUAAAGAUAAGGAAAUAAUUAAAACACAGAUAUCAGAAAUCUGUGACUAUCCAGAUCCAGUAUGGUUAUUGCUGACACCAGAAGGAACUCGCUUUACAGAGAAAAAACAUGAGGCUUCACUUAAAUUCGCCAAAGAAAAGAACCUACCUCUUUUAAAACAUCACUUGACACCUCGGACCAGGGGCUUUACGACUAGCUUACAGUACUUUAGAGGAAAAAUACCUGCCAUUUAUAACAUACAACUCGCCUUUGAGAAAGAUUGCAAGGUUCCACCGACAUUGACAAGUAUGUUAUAUGGCAAGCCGGUUCACGCUCAUUUGUACAUAGAAAGAAUACCCGUCGACACAAUCCCCGAAGACGAGUCUGAGGCCGCGAAAUGGCUACACGACCUUUUUGUUGUUAAGGAUAAGAUGCAAGAUUCAUUCGUCAAUACAGGGGACUUUUUCCUUGAAUCAGGAGUUGAAAGAGUCGAGCCUUUCCAACGGCCUAAUCGUAUUUAUUCGCUCGUAAACACACUGGGAUGGGCGGUUGUAACCCUUACUCCGAUGCUUUACUAUCUCCUUGGACUUCUUUUUAGUGGGAAAUUACUUUAUUUUUCCAUCGGUUGUGCGAUUCUUGCGGCAUUUUAUAUAUUACUUCAAAAAUCUAUAGGAAUGUCAAAAAUCAGUCAGGGUUCUUCAUAUGGAACCGAAAAAAAGUAAUAAAUGAAAGUUUAUUUAUCAUUUGUCUAUGACAGUUUACAGACUUAUAUUAGGUAUCUAUAAAAACAGUAUUCUGGAAAUAGUUAUAAUAGAAAAAAAUAUGGGUCUUUUAAUAUUUGGACUACUUGCGAUGUAAAGAAUGUAGUGUAUAGCAAAAUUAAACAUGUGUUUUGAAAGAGGUUAAUCCGAUAUUUCUGGGUUAUUAGAUAGAUUUUUCAACAUUGUAUUUAUUUAGGAAUGUAGUACUUCCGAUUGUUUCUACCACAAAAUCUGAAAAUUAUUAUAUAUGAUAAAUAAGUGGUAAUAAGAAAGGGCCUCAUUCUGUUAAGAAAGUCUAAUGUCAUACAUGUGAGUAAUAUGUGUAUUGUAAUUGAGUCUAGAGCUUGAUUUCUUAACAUCAAGCAUUACAUACUAUUUUAAUUGUUUAACAAUUAAAGACUAAUAGUAUACUUUUUAGAAAAAUCAAGCUUUCUUUACAGAAAGGGGUAAUUAGUCUUAACUUAAUAAAGUAUUUGAAAAUAAAUUCACAUUUUGAAGUAUAUUUUAGGUUAUUUGGCUUGAGCAUAAAUUUUGAUUUAUAAUUAUACGCCUACGUAGGUCAUUGACUUUUGAAUAAUUUUAUACAUAGUUGUUUUAA